AUGUUCUUUCAAGACAAGCUAGACCUUGCUCAGUUUACAAUUUGGCGUCGAUUUGUCCUGACUUUGUCCUUGAAAUUUGAUCUCAUUAACUCAGAAGAGUUCCAGAACGUAGUCAAUAACUUGACCGUUGCCGAAGUUUUUAUUUCACUCUUUUGCUUCCGGUCGCUGGGCCCAUUCACAGGCGCCGUUCACUACAAUAGAGUAUGUAUUACUUUUGGCUUUUCUGACUACUCUAUUAGUUAUAAGGAGUAG